AUGCCUACAGACCACAACAACCAAGUAACAUUUAGCCCCAUAAAAUGCGUCCAGAUUAAUCUACAAAGAGCGCAGGCAGCGACAUCUCAAGCAGUCACUCAUGCAACAUCCCACGAUGCAGAUCUACUCCUGAUACAGGAACCUUAUUGUAGAGAGGGUCAAGUAGCAAGCCUUCCCAUAUCGUGGAAAGUCUAUCAGCGUAAAGCAGAAACUAACGAACAAUCCCCCAGAGCCGCAAUAGCAUGCACCAACCCAUCCUGGUCUCCACUAGUCAUCAAGCAAGAACGAGACUUCGUUGCCAUCUUACUAGCAUUCAAUAACGCACAGUACAUAAUAGCUUCAAUUUACUCUUCCCCAACGGACAGUAUCACUGGCACCACCUCAAACAUUCUUGACACCAUACAACGAUGCCCUUCAACCCCUCUGCUUCUUAGUGGUGAUUUUAAUGCGCAUAACACCAUAUGGGGAUAUGCAGAUACUACGAUGAAGGGACAAGAGCUUGAGGACUUUCUGGCAGCCAAUAACAUUCAUCUCUUAACUACACCCGAUUCCCCACCUACAUUUGAUAAUAUCUAUCAUGUGGGCUUGCCAGAUCUCACCCUCUGUUCAAGCAGCAUCGCAAACCUAGUGCAGGACUGGACUGUGGUCGAUGAUGAGAGCUGCUCCGAUCACAAAUACCUUCACUUUCUCAUAAACUGUGACACGAAAAUCACAGUCCUACGUAGGUUCAGGCUUCCAGGCAACAAGAUCCGCCCCCUCAGUCGCUCCUUCACACGCAUCUUAAGUAAUGAGGAAAACAACCUUGCGCUUCACAACAGCUCAGAAGGCAUGGAGAUUUUCACAGACCGACUACUUGAAAACCUUAAAGCAGCCUGUAGUGAAAUACUCCCCACACGCAGAGCAAAGAAAAUAAUAAGAAAAUACAAGGAGUUAAGUGGUGGACGAAAGAGCUCAGACAACAACGGCAAAAAUGCAGAGCUAUCAGACGCCGCAUACGUACCACCACCAAUGAAGACAGGAAAAAUCCAACUGUUGGCGACAUUCCGCAAAGAGCGCGCUCUUUAG